AUGGGGUCAGUCAAAAUAGUGUCGGACCUAAUAGUGUCAGAUACCACGGUACAAAUAGUGUCGGACCUGAGUCGUCCUCGACACGUAGGGACUACCACUAUUGAAGUAUUCAGCUCAGCAUCAGAAUAUGUAAUAUUCAGGUCGCCAACGCAGAAACGGUUGCAGCUGUCGGAAAAGGACAAAAAUCCCGAGUUCCACACCAGCAAAGAAUCCUCAUCUUCCUUCGCAUCGUCUUCAACGUCGUCGGUCGAGCUUAUGAUGGGCGGCGUUCGUGGCGAUGGUGGUAAUGGCGGCGACGCGUUCAGCAGUGCUGUGCAAGAUCACGACUCCUCUUCCGCCUUGCUCAUCACGGACCUCUGUCACCAGCUGCCUGUCAUCAGCAAGACGCUGUUGGAACGCUACCUAGAGGGCCUCGACUACACCGGCAACAAAUGCAUGAUGUCUGCGUCCCAGUCUGCGAGGACCAGUCGCGACAUCUCGGAGGAGCCGGUGGAAAGUGGCUACCAGACUGACAUGAACAACUCGCCCGACUUCGUCAAGCAUCAUCAUUAUCAUGACGGAUCGUCUUUGGGAAUGAGACACGACACGCCGGAUUCGUCGGUCGGGGGUGCUGAAGGAGUUAUGAGUCACUUCCGACCGGAAGAUGAAGAUGACACAAUGAGCAGGAACCAUGUAAUCGACAGAAACAUGCUGAAUAUUGGGGCUAAUCAUCGGCAUCGACCCGAUUUGAACGUUGCUGACAACGGUUUGGACUGUUCUGCUCCAUCAUCAUCAGUGGCGAAAACCUUGCUGAAUAAGAGGAACCAUAAUGGAAAAGGCGGAUGCCAUCAACGGCGUUUCGAGAGUGGAACUGGUGCUGCUGACGAUGAAGUUAUUGACGAUGACGGACACUCGAUUGCGACUCAGGGCUGCAAUGUCUAUGAAACCCAUUAUAUUCACGAUGAUCCCUUGAAUGGAGUGCUUGUUGGACGAGAUGGGAAACCAACUUCGCAUGCGGGGAAUAAACGCCGCUUGGAAAUGGCCAAGGAAGCCACCAUCAUCACCAGCAGGAAUGGAACAGCAGUGGACCCUACAGUUAGCCACUCGGAAACCACCCAAAACCUGCAGGACCCCCAACAGGCAAUGGAGGAACUAAAGGCCAUCGCCAUGCAAGGCCUAGCAACAGACUCCCUGGACUGGGACCUGGUGCGCACCAAGUUGCACUGCCUCGCGGCCAUAACCAGCACCGACACCUACCCGGAGAUUGCGGAAAAACCCACGACGCCGAUCGUCGUGUUGCUCCAGGGGCGUCGCGCCGUGUUCCCCUGCGGCGCUGCGCGGUCCGUGCUCCUCGGCGACUCCUCUUUCACGCUCAUCGACGAAUCCGGUGUCCGGUUCUUUCCCGCCCGGAAAUCCGUCGUCACUCGCCGAAUGGCGGAAUUGAUUGCGACGGAAGAAGAAGAAGAAGAAGGUGGUCGUGAUGGGAUGAGAGGCUGUCGCCGGCAGAUGACGCCGCACCACGGCCUGCGAGGCGAUGACCAUGUGCAGAAACAGCAUCAGGAACAAGAACGCGAGAAGAAAGCACCCCGUGCCAAGUAUCCAGAGAUCCGCGCUUUCCUUGCUCGCCAACGCGCCCAACACCUGCGUCGGACAUGACAUGACAUGACCUCUGACGUGUGCAUGUAUAUGCAUGCUUGAUGUGACUCACCGGCCCACCACGACCUUGCCUCGUCGCCUGUCGCGCGAAUGUUCUCGGCGGUUUUCGUUAUUUUUCAAAAAAGCUUUGUAUCAUGCUCGUGUCUUUUCCGGCCAGUCGCUGUACUCGCUGAUUAUGAUGGGCAGCCGCAAAGAAGUCCCAUGAACCCCCAAAACCUCCACACCUCUGAUGUAAUUCGUCUGAAUAAGGAGCCUUUUUAUAAAACGCGGGCGCCUCUCACCUCUAUAUAAGAUGGGCGAUGUUGGUGCAUGGUGGUGGGAAGAGUGAACUUGCCAGCGUGACAGUGGUGGAUUAAUCAUCCUGGCUGAAAGGGGUGGGCAUUGUCUCUCUCAUCAACUGCUAUUCAAAACCUGUACAUGAAUUGGGAUUGUUGGGAAGAGAUGAAUAAAGAAUUAUUUUUUUGAA